AUGCCAGGCCAGGCCUGUGUGAUGAGGCCUGUUGGCUUGAGCCUGGCUGCAGCCUGUGAAAGGCCUUUUUUUCGGCUUGAGCCUGGCUUGUGGCCUGUUAAGAGGUUCCAUCCUCCUUCUUUGUCCUUACUGCUGUCUCACUUCAGCUCUGCCAAGGAACUAGGAAUUGUCGCGUGCUGGGGCCAGAAUGUGCGUGAACGAGAGUUGGAUGAAGCAUGUGCCACCGGGAAUUACGAGAUAGUAAACAUAGCAUUCCUCUGCAUCUUCGGCAAUGGACAAACUCCAGACAUAAACCUGUCUGGACAUUGUUCUGAAUGCUGGGGUGCCCCUUGCACUAAAUAUGCCUCCCAAAUAGCUUACUGCCAAAGCAAAGACGUCAAAAUCUUCCUUUCUUUCAGAGAAGACUCCCGGAGAUAUUCACUUUCUUCAGGUCAAGACGCCAAACGAGUUGCAGACUACCUCUGGACCAACUUUCUCGGUGGCCAUCAGAAUAAUUCAGAAGGCCUGCUAGGAAACACGGUUUUAGAUGACAUCGCCUUGGGCAUCAAACAAGGUGGAACCUAUUAUCAUGAUGAUCUUGCCAAGGAGCUUGACUCCUACUGA